AUGAAGGAUAUCUACAAAGACGAGGAGUUGAUUGUUCCGGAAGGUGUCAAGGUCGCCAUCAAGGCCCGACAGAUCACCGUGGAGGGCCCAAGGGGAAAGCUUGUCAAGCAUGUUAAACACAUCAACAUGGACCUCAAGCUUCUCCAGACCUCAAAAGGUUUCGUUGUUAAAUUUGUUGUCUGGCACGGUGGGCGUAAACACGUUGCCUGUCUUCGUACCGUCAAGUCAUUGGUUGAAAACAUGAUUACCGGUGUCACCAAAGGUUUCUUGUACAAGAUGCGAUCUGUCUACGCACAUUUCCCAAUCAACAUCAUCAUUGCCGAUGAUGCUAAAUCAGUCGAGAUCCGAAAUUUCUUGGGUGAGAAGCGAGUGCGACAAGUUCCUAUGUUGGAUGGUGUCACUGUGGCUGAGAGCAAGAACCAAAAGGAUGAAAUCACCCUCGAAGGACUCGACCUCGACAAAGUCUCCCAAUCCGCUGCCUCAAUCCACACUUCAUGUCUGGUCAAGAACAAAGAUAUCCGAAAGUUCCUUGAUGGUAUCUACGUGUCUGAACGGACAACGAUCAACACGGAUGAGUAA